AUGACGAGAACAUCAGCCUUCUUGCUAUCGUUGUAUGUGGCGGUAUCAUAUGUUGCAGCGAUCUACACCACGUCUCGAGAUCUGGAGGACUAUCCCAGCGGAAGGGAUGAUCCUCGAGUGAUCAGACGACGGAUGAAGCGGAUAACGCUGGUUGUGCUGAUGAAUAUGUUUCUAAUACCUUGGCUCAUCAGUCGCUACGGUGAUGCUGAGAAAGCAGUGUCCUUCAGAGAGGCCGUCUUAGAUCUAGGCGUUGUCCCCGGUUAUCGCAGGAACGGGAUAUGGGACAUUGUGGGAUAUCUGCAAGAAAUAUGCCGAGCAAUCAGCCUCAUAGGGCUACUCUAUGUGGGGCCACUGACGGACGCGUUUCUGUACUAUCUGCUGGUCCCCGGAAAGCACUGGUACACUGACUUUAAGGAAGAAAUGUUCAACAUUUGGGGCCUCAGGAACUACGUUUUUGCUCCAAUUACGGAAGAGAUAGUCUAUACGUCCAUGCUGGUCAACAUCUACUGCUCGACGUUCCCAGCAGACUCGCCUGUCAGGCUUAAGACGGUCAUCUGGAAGACACCGCUUUUCUUUGGGGUAGCACACCUCCACCACGCUUAUGAGAUGCAGCGACAAGGCGUUGCUAGUUUUGCCACCAUCCUGUUCAGCUGCACACUUCAAAUCGCAUACACCACUUUGUUCGGAAGCUUGACCAAUUACACAUUUCUCAGAACAGGCGGGAAUCUGUGGGCUUGCAUUGCUAUACAUGCGCUCUGUAACUUCCUGGGAUUUCCUGAAUCCUCUAAGCUUGCGAUGCACUACACGGUGGUCAAGAAGGUCGAUUCACCCCAUCUGAGCAGACUUCUCAACAUCUGGAAGAAAUGCUAUCUGGCACUGCUCGUGAUGGGGCUACUUUUUGCGAAGAACAUGUAUCAAGUGUUACUGCAGUCUGACGGUAAUCAAAUCGUGCUCUAG